UCCCGUUCUUCGGUAACUGUGAAUCCACAUUUUUUUUCUCAGGGCUCUCCUCGUUUUCGACGACACGCCGACCCUCAAGGGUCCCUCGUUAUCAAUGGACAAAAACCAUUGAGCGGACCGGAUCGUCGCCCAUCCUUGGACGUCGAUUAUCAUCAACGCGUCUACGACAGAAACGGAGUGAACGCGGACGCUUACGGUGGACUGAAUAUUCGUCCCGGACAGCCUGCUCAACCACACUUGGGUGUCCAAAUCGGGCGUGAAUACAAGAACGGCUUCAUCAGGGGAUACAGCCAGGCUGAACGCGGUCCUGGCGGCAGAAUCUCGCCCAGCUUCGGCAUUGGUGGUGGAUUCAGAUUUAGACGCAACGUCGAUGACAUGAUGUCAGAGGAACUAGGAUAUUAG